UGGAGAAGCUUGCAGAUGGAGUAGAUUUAUUAGAUGAUAAAACAGAUUUAUUAGUAGAUAAAGAAUUGGAUAUUGAUAUCUCAGAAAUGGUAGUAGAAAUAUCAUCUUCGCAAUCAGAAAUGUUUUC